GAUCUCUACAUUCUUGAUACUUGGAAAAUUGCUUGAAAUUCUUGAAAUCCAUCUUGAGUCUUUCUUGAUAUUGCUUGUUACUUGUUCUUGAAACUGAAAUCUGGAAAUGGAUAAUGAUUAUUGGAAUCCUCAUUAUCUUGAUACUUGUCUGAAAUUAAUUCUUGCACUGUUCUUGAAAUCUAUUUUGAGCUGACCUUGAAAAACCAUUCUUGUUCUGACUCUGCUCUUGCUCAAAUUUUGUAUACUGCUCUUGCUUGAAUCUUGAAUAUUCUGCUAGUUCUUGUUUCAGAGGGGUGACGGUUAUCAGAAAAUACUUAUAUGAGGCAUCCUGAUUCCUAUCUCUUGCAAGUGUCAAAUUCUGUAUUCUUGAUGCCUUAGCUUUGACUUGACUCUAGGAUGACCUGAUUGAAAAUCUGUUUAGCCUCGCCUCCAUGAGCUAUGAGGUAAAGGGGUAGUCCUUGAAAUACUUGAUACCUUAGAGUUUUGUUCCAAGUGAAAUGGUUCUUUGAUCUGGCUGCUUGGAUUUUUGUUUGCCCUUUUAAUUGGAAGACAUGAAUCUUCUAAGCAUCUUGAUCCCAGUCAUUGCUUUGUUCUGUUAAUUAAUUCUAGUACUUGAGGUGCUAGAUCUUGAUCUCCUGAUUAUAUCUGCUCUUGAAUCCGUGUUCUGAUUGUCAUUAUUGAAAUCUCUUUUGUGGGCUUAAUCCUUGAAUUCUAUUGUUUGUUUCAUGGUUAACUCUUGUUUCUCAAUUUUGAUUGCUUGGUUAAAUUUGAUCUUGAUUCUUGGUGAAUGCCAUUUUGUUGCUGAAUUUUUGAGGCAUUCUACCUUGCACUCUUGUGUUCUAAUAUUCUUCCAAGCAUUCAUAUUUUCUAUUGAUUUUAUUUUGUUGCAAUUCUUGAGAGUCUUCCAUGUCUUUUGAUGGUCUUAGCUCUUAACUCUUGUUAAUUGCUAAAAUUUGCCUCUUGAUUCCAGUUGCUUUGUUAAACAUGAUCUUGGUUUUGGUUGACCUUGUUUUGUGGCAGAAUUUAUAAGGCAUCCAUGCACUUGUUCAUUCAAUCAUGAUCCAUAUGUCCAUUGGAUGCUUAUCCGUCUUUGAUAAGAGUUCAAAAUUUUGUUGUAUUCGUGUUUAAAUCCAUGCCAUUCUUUGCCAACUCGUCUUGUGUUGGGUUCAUAGCGUAACCCCACAAUUGUUCUUUUGUGGCUUUGGCAGGAUUUAUUUUUAUUCCUUGUGCUUUCCGUAUUACCCCAGCCUCCAGUAGCUUAUUUGAUGGCAAAUCUUGUUAAGUGAUUAGUGUUCUGCUUUUUAAGAUUAAUUGUGAUUGAUAUCAGAGUGGCGCAGCGGAAGCGUAAUAGGCCGUGUUCUGUUCCUAGAAAGUAACGAGGCAAUUGUUUUGUCUCGGAUUGUGUGAAGCCAUUCACCACUUGAUAUGGUCCUCAAUUUGAGUUUUGGGGACAAAACUCCUUUUUAGGAGGGGUGAGUGUAAUAUCCCAAAUUUUCGGGAAUAUUUAAGUAAACAAUUCAUGAUCUUGUAUUUGGAGAUUUUAUGAUAUUAGAGCAGAUUUUAAAAGUUGAUCUUCAGAUUUUGGUGGUAUCAGAGUACAAUAUGAUAAGUUCCGAGCCUUGUGCAUUUGUGGGACCCUCUCACGAGUGCACGGCGUCUGCCACGUCCUCGGAUUUGGGUUAUGGGGCGUGACAGCCUUUUUUUUAGGAGUGGAUGUGUCCCCACCGAUAUUUUUUUAGAGUAGAUUUGAGGGUUGUGCCAAUAUAUAUUAUUUUGUAAA